GGAAACUAUAAAAAGGAAUUCAUUCCUUAAUAGGCAUUUUGGAAAUACUUAGAUUAGUUCCCGAUCACAUUUUUACAGAUCUCUAACAAUGAAAGUGUUCAUCAGUUUUCUUUUCAUUUUGUCACUAGCCCUAUGCAUAGAUGCUUUUACUGGAUGGCCAGGUGGUUGCAAAGCUGACGAGGAUUGUGAUGAAACCGAGUGUUGCAUUAGACAAGGAGCACAAUUUGGAAUAUGCCUUCAAAGACCGUUAGAAGGUGAACGUUGUAUUCCGACUGGCAAACAAAGCAGGAUGUACCAACAAGCGUCUUGUCCUUGCGCUGCUGGAUUCAAAUGCUCAUCCUCAGGCAAAAGAACAUUUCCAGGGAUGAAAUACACCAAGCCUCCUACCUGCCAAGCUGUUCCGGAAACAACUGAACCACCUAGAACAACGGAAUGAAAUAAUUUAUUAUUUUACUUGUAAUCGUUAAUAAAUUGUUAUUUUAAUUAA